GCCCUUCGUUCCGGACCACCACCACCGUCUGCCAUCAUCGUCAUCGCCGUCCUCGUGGCACAUUCUCGCGUUAUCGGACCAGGGAUAUCGCAUUGAAGUACAUGUUGCUCCUUCGUUGUUGUCGAAAAUUCCGUUUUCUGACGCCAAGACCUCGCUUUUCAUCGUCUGCAGCAGCCAUGGGUGCGACUGUGAACACGACCGAGAGGCUAGCCAAGCUCAGAGAGCUCAUGGGAAAGAAGGAGAACGAUAUCAAUGCGUACGUUGUCGUAAGUGAGGACCAACACGGCAGUGAAUACAUCGCGGAAUGUGAUGAGCGGCGGGCAUUUAUAUCUGGAUUUAAUGGAUCUGCUGGAUGCGCAAUCAUCACGCCCAAGGAUGCCUUGUUAUUUACUGACGGCAGAUACUUCUUGCAAGCGGAGAACCAGUUGGACAAGAAUUGGAAGCUGAUGAAACAGGGGUUACCUGAUGUACCGACCUGGCAAGAUUACCUGACCAAGCAUCUCGAAGAAUCCUCACGGAUCGGUAUCGACGCGACCCUCAUCACCGCCGAAGACGCCUCUUCUCUCUCAAAGAAUCUGUCACCUCGCAAAUCGACGCUCGUCUCUCUACCUCAAAAUUUGGUGGAUCAAAUCUGGACAGAUCGCCCUGCACGAACCAAGAAUCCGAUUGUUCAUCUCGAGGAAAAAUUCUCUGGCGAAUCCCGCGAAUCUAAACUUGGGCGUCUGCGUGACGAGUUGAGAAAGAAACAAUGCGCGGCGAUCAUACUUACGGCUUUGGACGAAAUUGCUUGGUUGUAUAACCUGCGCGGAUCGGAUAUCGACUUUAACCCAGUUUUCUUUGCGUAUGCAGUCGUUACGAUGGACAGCGCAACACUGUUUGUUCAAGGAGGUGCACCGGCAGAUGUUGAUGUCAAGUCUUACGAGGAAUUCUGGACCUUCUUGAAAGAGUUCAAGUCGGAAGGCAAAGUUUUAGUCACGGACAAAUCCAGUUUGGCGGUAGCCGAGGCUGUUGGAAAGGACAACUACACCCUUCUACCAUCUCCCGUGUCUUCAUUGAAGUCGAUCAAAAACGCAACAGAACUCGAGGGAUUCAGGCAGAGUCACAUUCGUGAUGGCGCAGCUUUGGUGAAAUACUUCUCUUGGCUCGAAGAUCAGCUCAAUCAAGGGAAGAAGCUAUCGGAGUGGGGUGCUGCAGGCAAGCUGGAAGAGUACCGAGCUGAGCAAGGUCUGUUUAAGGGUCUAAGCUUUCCUACCAUCUCGUCGACCGGCGCCAAUGCUGCUAUCAUACACUAUUCUCCGGAUUCGAAGGAUUCUGCCAUUAUUAAUAAGGAAGAGGUCUACCUGUGCGAUUCAGGAGCUCAAUUCUUCGAUGGUACGACCGACGUGACUCGAACAUGGCACUUUGGUACACCUCUGCCGGAGGAAAUUCGUGCAAACACUCGAGUUCUCCAGGGUCAUAUCGCGAUCGAUACUGCUGUAUUCCCUAAUGGUACGACUGGCUACAUUAUUGAUUCAUGGGCAAGACGAGCGCUGUGGCAAGACGGACUCGACUACAGACAUGGUACCGGCCAUGGAGUAGGCCACUUCCUCAACGUCCAUGAAGGACCUCAUGGAAUUGGUACCCGCAUCGGUUUGAACGCGAAUGCACUUAAGCCUGGCAUGACGGUGUCGAAUGAACCUGGUUACUAUGCCGACGGGAAGUUUGGCAUUCGGAUAGAGAACAUCGUAUUGGUCAAGGAGGUUCAGACGCUAAAUAAUUUUGGGAAUAAGGGGUACCUAGGUUUUGAGCAUGUCACGAUGUGUCCGAUUCAUAAGAAAUUGGUGGAUAAAACAUUACUGACUGCAGAAGAAACGAAAUGGCUUAAUGAUUAUCAUGAAGAAGUGUGGCAGAAGGUGUCACCGUUGUUGGAAGAUGACAAGCGAGCUUUAGAUUGGUUGAAGCGGGAAUGUUCGCCCAUUUAAUCGGAGGUCUUAAGGAAUACUGUAUGUAUUUUUACACGGGAGGGGAAACUACGAGUCAUUUUUGUUUUCUGUCUUCUUGAGCUGGUCUCUUAGCCUGUGG